AUGCCCCAGCACCCAGAUGCCCCCAGCACCCAGAUGCCCCAGCACCCAGAUACCCCCAGCACCCAGAUACCCCCAGCACCCAGAUACCCCCAGCAUCCCGAUGCCCCAGCACCCAGAUGCCCCCAGCCCCCAGAUGCCCCAGCACCCAGAUACCCCCAGCACCCAGAUACCCCCAGCACCCAGAUACCCCCAGCAUCCCGAUGCCCCAGCACCCAGAUGCCCCCAGAUGCUCCCUGCACCCAGAUGCCCCCCAGCACCCAGAUGCCCCCAGCACCCAGAUGCCCCAACACCCAGAUGCCCCCAGCACCCAGAUGCCCCAGCAUCCAGAUGCCCCAGCACCCAGAUACCCCAGCAUCCCGAUGCCCCAGCACCCAGAUGCCCCCAGCACCCAGAUGCCCCCAGCACCCAGAUGCCCCCAGCAUCCCGAUGCCCCAGCACCCAGAUGCCCCCAGCACCCAGAUGCCCCAGCACCCAGUUGCCCCCAGCACCCAGAUGCCCCAGCACCCAGAUACCCCCAGCACCCCGGAUGCCCCCAACACCCCGGAUGCCCCCAACACCCCAGAUGUCCCCAGCACCCCGGAUGCCCCAGCACCCCGGAUGUCCCCAGCAACCAUGUCCCCAGCAGCCCGGAUACCCCAAACACCCCGGAUGCCCCAGCACCCCGGAUGCCCCCAACACCCCGGAUGCCACAGCACCCCGGAUGCCCCCAGCACCCCGGAUGCCCCAGCACCCCAGAUGCCCCCAACACCCCGGAUACCCCCAGCACCCCGGAUGCCCCAGCACCCCGGAUGCCCCAGCACCCCGGAUGCCCCCAACACCCCGGAUACCCCCAGCACCCCGGAUGCCCCAGCACCCCGGAUGUCCCCAGCAAACAUGUCCCCAGUACCCCGGAUGCCCCCAGCACCCCGGAUGCCCCCAACACCCCGGAUGCCCCAGCACCCCGGAUGUCCCCAAUACCCCGGAUGUCCCCAAUACCCAGGAUGUCCCCAGCACCCGGGAUACCCCCAGCACCCCGGAUGCCCCCAGCACCCCGGAUGCCCCAGCACUCCGGAUGCCCCAGCACCCUGGAUGUCCCCAGCAAACAUGUCCCCAGUACCCCGGAUGCCCCCAGCACCCCAAAUGCCCCAGCACCCCGGAUACACCCAGCACCCCGGAUGCCCCCAACACCCCGGAUACCCCCAGCACCCCGGAUGCCCCAGCACCCCGGAUGUCCCCAGCAAACAUGUCCCCAGUACCCCGGAUGCCCCCAGCACCCCGGAUGCCCCCAACACCCCGGAUGCCCCAGCACCCCGGAUGUCCCCAAUACCCCGGAUGUCCCCAAUACCCAGGAUGUCCCCAGCACCCGGGAUACCCCCAGCACCCCGGAUGCCCCCAGCACCCCGGAUGCCCCAGCACUCCGGAUGCCCCAGCACCCUGGAUGUCCCCAGCAAACAUGUCCCCAGUACCCCGGAUGCCCCCAGCACCCCAAAUGCCCCAGCACCCCGGAUACACCCAGCACCCCGGAUGCCCCAGCCCCCCGGAUACCCCCAACACCCCAGAUGCCCCAGCACCCCGGAUAUCCCCAAUACCCCGGAUGUCCCCAGCACCCGGGAUACCCCCAGCACCCCGGAUGCCCCCAGCACCCCGGAUGCCCCAGCACUCCGGAUGCCCCAGCACCCUGGAUGUCCCCAGCAAACAUGUCCCCAGUACCCCGGAUGCCCCCAGCACCCCAAAUGCCCCAGCACCCCGGAUACACCCAGCACCCCGGAUGCCCCAGCCCCCCGGAUACCCCCAACACCCCAGAUGCCCCAGCACCCCGGAUAUCCCCAAUACCCCGGAUGUCCCCAGCACUCGGGAUACCCCCAGCACCCCGGAUGCCCCCAGCACCCCAAGUGCCCCCAGCACCCCGGAUGCCCCAGCACCCCGGAUGUCCCCAAUACCCCGGAUGUCCCCAGCACCCGGGAUACCCCCAGCACCCCGGAUGCCCCCAGCACCCCGGAUGCCCCAGCACUCCGGAUGCCCCAGCACCCCGGAUGUCCCCAGCAAACAUGUCCCCAGUACCCCGGAUGCCCCCAGCACCCCGAAUGCCCCAGCACCCCGGAUACACCCAGCACCCCGGAUGCCCCAGCCCCCCGGAUACCCCCAACACCCCAGAUGCCCCAGCACCCCGGAUAUCCCCAAUACCCCGGAUGUCCCCAAUACCCAGGAUGUCCCCAGCACUCGUGA